UCACGGCGCAGCGCGUUACAUCCAAGCAAAGGACUUUCGUCUAUCUCGCCAACGUCGAGCAGUUUAAUGCGAUUAUCUCGACUUCGUUACGAUUAGAUAGAUUUCUAGUGCUAUCGAUAAGUGAGCGAGUGAUUCAUUUCCAGGAAGGUAUCUCAAACGCGACGUAACCAAGCGUCCCGGCCUUAUCGCCAUUACCAAGUCGAUCCAGGAUAUCGCACUCCUCCCUCGGGGAAAUAUUACGGUCAAGCAAGCUUGCGGACUGGGCCUCUCCCUUGCCCCAGCUUAUCAGCAUGAAGAGCGAGGAUCAUGACAAGGCGGCUCAGAGUUCGAGCAAUGAAGGCUCCCCAAUGGAAGUUGUAGCAACAGAAGAGCAGUCAGAUAAACCAAAUGAACCUGCCAACAUCCCUGGCGAUGACAACGCCAUGGAAAGCAAUGGCAACGACUCAAUUAUCCCAAGUUCAGAGAACCCAAACAACCCCACCACCCCGGAGGAACCCAAAGACGCCACCCAAACCCCAUCUGAAGACCGAAAACGCUCCCCUUCCGUAGCCGGCCUAGAAGAUAUCGACAACAAGCCCAAUAAGUCCGCAAAACCGACGAAGCGUGCCACACCCAGGAAGAAGAAGACGCCUCCGCCACCGCGGGUCAGCACUCGUCCGAGUCGCACUCGCAAAGCGCCCGAACGUCUACAGGACGCGGUCGCACCUGCACAACCGAAGAAACCCGCUACUACCAAAGGAAAAGCUUCGAACACAAGGCUUUCCUACGACCCUGUCUACUUGACGACGAACGUAAGAAGCCGUCUCGCAACUCACGACCUCUUUCACAUGCUUCUCGAACCGCAAGCCUGGGACUCACUCACACCUGCCGACAAAACCGAAUUGAUUAAUCUUCUGCCUCCAACACAGGCGAACAAGGAUCUGCUCUCGCUAAUCGAGGCCGGCGAAACGGACAUCCCUCGUCCGAAGGAAUUCACCAUCAGUUACGACCCGUUCCGCUCCGAUAUCGCGAGAUUCCAGAAUGAUCUGAGGAACGGCCGCCGCACGAAGAAGUGGCAGGCGGAUGCUGACCAGGCGAUGAUUGAUCGCGCGAAUGGGACGUUCGACGAAUGGAAAGAGAGGGAGAAAGAGCUGUGGUGGGGCCAGAAUCUGGAUCCCGACACAUAUAAGGAGACUAAGGCGUCGAAGGACUAAUGGUUGUGCGAGGAGCUGUGAGAUACCCAAUUGUGUUAGAAAUUAUUUUAAAGCCUGGAGCCUGGGGGUUAUGGAUUCAAGCGUCUCUUACCGUAACGUCGGGGGAACAGUGUGACUGACAUGAAGGAAUGAGAAACGUCAGGAUGAUUCGAGGGGGAGUGAUUGAGUAUGGUUUAUCAUAUAUUCAUAUUACAUUCGGAAACCUUCGUUGAGGAAGCUGGUUCUAGCAGUCUAUGUCGCUAGAACUGGGGAGUAUCUCUCUAAAUCUAUAAGAUAUGCAAUUCUCCGUUCAAGGAGAUAUGGUGUGUAACGAAAGUAAAACAAGAAAGAAAAACCCCGCCAAAUGAGCGCAUCGCCAAAGUAUUGAUGCUGGUGCCAUAUC